CCCAGCGGCGCGACGGCAAUGCAGUCGGCGGGACGAGGGAAUAGCGGAGGCCCAACGAGACUGGCCAAGGAAAGUCGCAACUCGAGUAAAAAAUCUGCCCUGCGGACACACGUUUUGUAAAGAAUGCGUGCAGAAUCGUUCCUUCGGGACCAGUUGUCCUACUAGCCGAAAAGCCCUGCCGGCGAACCUACGCGACCUCCCCGACAACAUCGCCCUGCUCCGACUGAUUCAGGACAGAGUCGUACCACCCAGACAGCAACUGCAGCGGGGCGUGGACGCGGGCAGGAAGGUGGUGGAGGCGCUGCGGCUGGCGCUCCCCAAGGUCGUGAAGGCGCUCAACCGCCAGCUGGACGCGUCCGUGGUCAAGCUCCGCCAGCUGGAGGAGGCGCUGGAGGAGAUGCAACGGAGUAAGACUGGAGAUACUGGCACCCCGCCCCAAGAGCAGCUGCAGCUGGCCGUGCAGCUGGAGGACAGCCUCCGCCUGCUCACCACCAACAAUUGCAGCGUCGUCUCGGAGGAAGAGGACGGAUCCACCUGGAAGGCCGAUGUGCAGCUCGACUCGUUCGGCGACGUCUUCCGCCUUCUGUUGCUGCAGCUGCGCGCGGACUGCCAGCUGGCCAAGGCCCUGCCGGCGAACCCACGCGACCUCCCCGACAACAUCCCCCUGCUCCGACUGAUUCAGGACAGAGUCGUACCACCCCGACAGCAACUGCAGCGGGGCGUGGACGCGGGCAGGAAGGUGGUGGAGGCGCUGCGGCUGGCGUUCCCCAAGGCCGUGAAGGCGCUCAACCGGCAGCUGGAUGAGUCGGUCGCCCAGCUCGUGCAGCUGGAGGAGGCCCUGGAGCAGCAGGUGCCGCAGUGUAAGACAGGCGAUGGGUGCACCUCACCGGAGCAGCUGCAGCUGGCCAUGCAGCUGGAGGACAGCCUCCGCCUGCUCACCACCAACAAGUGCAGCGUCGUAUCGGAGGAAGAGGGUGGAUCCACCUGGAGGGCCGAUGUGCAGCUCGACGGGUUGGGCGACGUCUUCCGCCUUCUGUUGCUGCAGCUACUCGCAGACGGCCAGCUGGUCAAGGUUGAGGACGUCGCUGUCUCCUCGUCCCCAGCCGCGUAUGUGGGGCCACCAAUGACAACCACCCUGACCAUAACAGACAAAGAUCUCGCUGAAGAUGAUUUAAAGGUGAAUGACAUCGUACGCGACAAACAGCGGUGGGAACAUAUACGCUGCAUAAAGGGCUUGAAGGGCAAGGGCUCGGAUAAACUACUGCGUGUCCUGGCGUCGCACCCGGUGCACCUCGAGGAGCUCGGGUGCUCCAGUCCGGUAGAACCGAAGGUCAUGGAGGAGGUGCUCAAACUGACAUCACUCAAACGGAUAGACGUGGAAUGCGUUGAGAAGUGUGACGACUACCCGGACCUGCCGUUGCAGCUGGAAGAGCUCAGAAUAGAAACUCCAAGCGAGCGUCAGCUGCGCUGUGUGCAGCGCAUGCCCGCCCUGCACAGCCUAACGGUGUGGGAUUACUUUGGUCCCAAUGUAACGUUCACCCCCUCUCAGUCCGGGACACUGCGCUGGCUGUGCGUGGCCCUCAACACUCUCCACAAGCCCACCAUGCUCUCGCUGGUCCGCGCGCACGCCUCGUCACUGCGGGAGCUGCAGGUGUACUGCACCGUCAGUGACGACGAGCAGAAUGGUGGCUUCUACUUCCCCGACCUCGGCCGAGACCUCGCUGCUAGCGGCCUGCUGCACCUCAAGCGGCUCGUACUUAUGCGUCCGAAUGCCAAGUGCACGGACGCCGCUGGCUGCCUCAUGCAGCGGCGCAACCUCCGUUCCGUCCUGCCCUCAUCCGUUGGGGUGGUUUGCGGCCCGUGUGCGGCCUCUGCUCUAGAGUGAAUGUUUACCCGCACCAAGGACGAAGCUCCCGUCAUCCAAGUGAUUAUCUCAUUUUGAUUUUUGUGUGCGUAAGGUUUUCUUCAGUUGAUUGUUAACUAUAAAGAUAAUCAUUUAACUCGA